AUGCUGCCUCUCAGCACCGUCGAGGGCCAGGAAACGGAGGAGGUGCAGACCAAGCCGCCGGAGAAAGGAGUCCUGCUUUCUGAGAACCCUGAUGAUCCACCAAAGAAGCCCAUCAGAAUGAAGGGAACAAUGUUAUUCAGAGUCCUGCCGUUCUGUCCUGUGAUUCCCUGGACAUCUUCGGAGCCAGUGCUGCGCGGGCUCCAAGGACAAGCACUGAGCAAGCCCGCCCGCUCCUGCCCAGCGGCACAGCCAGAUCCCGGGUCCGGAGGGAGCACCUGUGGUAUCACGAUGCUGCCUCUCAGCACCGUCGAGGGCCAGGAAACGGAGGAGGUGCAGACCAAGCCGCCGGAGAAAGGAGCCCUGCUUCCUGAGAACCCUGGUGAGCCGCGGAAGAAGUCCACUGGAAUGAAGGGAAGACUGUCAUUCAGAGUCCUGCCGAUCUGUCCCAUGCCAAGUGUUUGCUUCACCUAUUACUUGGAACCGGAUGACUCUGACUCUGAUUCCCAAUUUCCUCCUGAACCUUCGAAACCUGACCCAAAUUGCACCUUUGUUCCUCUGCCUGUGUUAGAGUUUCGUGAGAUCAAGGUGUGUGAAUGUCCCCUGUGCUGUCUCAGCUUUGUCACUGCUUCCUAA